AUGUGUAAAAUAUUUGGAGGAACUUUCAUUUGUUUAAAGUCCAGAAUCCCGGUUCAAAUGGGCGAAAUUUCUGAAAAAACCGUGGAAAUAAUCAUCUCAAAUAUCGAAAAUGUACUUGAUAGUCUUCUUACCGACAUCGAAGAAUUACCAGGGCACAUUAAAUCGGAUGGGUCGUGGAUUUUCUUGAGACACUUGACGUUUUUAGUUGAACACGUGCUGUUCAGAUUGGGAACUACUCCAAUUAUGGAGAAGAACCGGAGAGAUUUCUAUGACAAUCUUUGGCACGUCAAUAGAGAAACACGAAAUAAAUUGACGAGUAAUUAUGAUUAUUGUCUCGGAAGAUGCUGUGACGAUCAGGUAAAUUCAAACCGUCUGGCAAUUCCCAAAAUUCCUUUAUUGUAUAAAAAUCAUUUUAACAUCGUUACUAUGUACAGACUAAAGUUCGAGCGUACGCAACUUAAUGAAUAUAAACAAUCCGAGGAUAGGAGAAAUGAUUUGCGAGAGAUUUGUGGAAUUUCCAAGAAUAAAUUGAAGAAUUUUCAGCUUAGCCUUCGAAACUUGGAGCACGAGAUGUUUCAGAAAAGGAAAAUAUUGUAUCACUGGUUGAAAAUGUCAGCGAAAUUCCUGUCACUAUUGACUCGAUAUGACACAGAAAUUGGUGCGAGGAAAAAAACCGUUUCUGAUCUUCAAUCCGUCCUGAACGAUCUCACGACCAAAAUUGAUAAAUUAGAAAUGAAAUUUCUAAAAAAUCACAAUUCUUUCGAACUAUCCGAUUUUGAGGAGUUUAAUAAAUUUAUUCAACAGGAGGAUAUGAAAGAACAAUCAUACUUGUAUGACUCCUGUUUUAACGAACAAGAGGAAUCUAAAUUGGCGGAAAUACGAGAAAAGCUCGAGCUCAUUUCGAGGACUAUUGCAGUGAAGAAGAUACAACGCUGGUGGCGGAGUAUCCUCCCAGCCCUUCGAGCUAGAAAUAAAAAAUCCAAGAAAUCGAAGAAAAAGGGAAAACAAAAAAAAUAAUUAGAAAAAGCUAUUUCAAAGAAAAGAUGUCACAGAAUAUCAAUCUCCUGA